ACGUGGCGCCGAAAUGUCGCCAUAUGAUCCCCCCCCUCCUCCGCCUGGCCGAAAAGUGACUUCACGCUCCGUUCAUGGAUAUCCACGCACGUCCACGGUCGUAGGCUCCACCACCACGGGAAUAAUUUAGGUUAUGGUGAAGAAAUGUGACGUACGCGGUGAGGGUGGGUGAGGGCGAAUCGCUGACGGGACGAGCGCGCGAUGUGACUGUCCGAAAUGAAUGGAGGGAGACCGAUGUGCACGCUCGACUCGCGCGAAUCCUCUCGACGACGUACCGGCACGCGAAGGCGGGAACACCCCGGACGAAGCGGCCGCGCGUCCGCUCGGCUGUUUUUUACAUAGUCCGCAAUUUUGGUAGCCUCGUAUCAGUCGUGUCUCGUUCAAUUCGGCGAUAACUUCACCAGUGCGUCACCUCGCACGCGAUAUUCUUGCUCUCCUCCCAACUUCUGCCUAGCUCUAGGAUUACUCGGCCCAUUCAGCGCAACAAUAGAUUAGGAUAGAUUAGGAUGAUCCGAAAGAUUCUGCCGACCUUCUAACGUUAGAAACUCGCUCUUCGAUACGGAAAAAAAAAAAUGGUAGAGAAGAUCCCGCUGCGGAAGACCAUCGCACGAUUGGACUUUCCAACGGUCAUAGCCUUCGGCAAUCCUCUGCUGGACAUUCUUGUGAUACUGAAGAACGACGAGCUGAUUAAGAAGUACAAUCUCAAGAUAGACGGCGAGACGGAGCUGUGCGAGAAGAAGCUGCAGGAAUUGAUAGCGGAUCUGCCGUCGGAGAUUGAACAGUAUACAAAUCCCGGAGGAUCUGCGCAGAAUACAUUGAGGAUCUUGCAGUGGCUCUGUGACGAGACUCACGAGUCCCAAAUCAGUAUUUUCUGCGGUGACCUCGGAAACGAUCAAAGAGGUUCGAUUUUAGAAAAAUUAGUUCGACUCGCAGGAGUCGACGCGAGGUACGCCGUACAUCCAACUUUGCCUACCGGAUUGUGCGUGUCUCUCGUGUACGGUACCUCCCGCAGCCUCGUCGCUAAUCUUGGCGCAGCUAGUGUAUAUACGUUAGACGAUCUGAAAAAGGCCAAUCUGCAAUUAGAUAGCGUAAAAAUAAUUUACAUCGAAGGGUAUUUCGUGACGCACAGCUUGGACGUGGCCAAGGAGCUGGUCAAGCGGGCGCAGGAGAAGAAUAUCAUUGUGGCGUUCAAUCUUAAUUCCUUUUACAUAUUCCAGGAUCAUCAAGCGGCCAUUUGCGAGAUGGUCGGCCACGCUAAGAUCGUAUUUGGCAACGCGAGGGAAAUGAUCGCGCUGGCACAGGCGUUGAAUGUCAAGUACGACGACGUCGCUGACAUACCCUUUCUGCUGAACAGCUUGAAGAGGAUCACGAUGGACGUUUCUAGCGCUAAUAGCAAAGACUGGCUGGCCGACGACGGUAUAUUCAUCAUGACGCGGGGCGGAAACGCGCCGGCGAUAAUCGUGUGGGGCAGGGGACAAUCCGUUCAGGUGCAGCCCGUCGUGCCUAAAACGCCUAUCGUGGACACAACCGGCGCCGGCGAUGCCCUGGUGGCUGGCUUCCUGGCCGGCGUCCUGGCCCGCUGGGAUCCGAAGAGUUGCCUAGAAUUGGGAUGCAAGGUCGCGUCCUGCAUGACAACCAGGCUCGGCGUCACGCUACCGAGCGGCGUGCCGCCGGACUUUCUGCCAUAACGGCUCGAUCUCUCUAGGACGCUAAUGAAACUAAUCGUUACCUGAAAUAACGUAUAAUCGCGCCGUUAUUUAUUGCCUGCAAAAGUUCUACUUUAUGUCUAUUUCUACCAGAUUAACUUUGAUCCAGGUUUAACUUACUUUGUAUCCUUUUCUACUUGUAAAAAUUAGAAAAGGAUAAAAAGUAAAUAAAAAAACCGUGAUUAAAGUUAAUCUACAUUGGUGGAAAUCGACAUUGCUACUAGCGAAUUAAUCGGCCGUUAGAGCGUAUGACUAGCAUUCCUCGUCGAUGUUACGUCCAUGUUCCGUUAGAUAUUUAUUUGAUAUUGAUUUUAUUUAUAGCAGGCGCGCGCGUGUCGCGUCGCGAAGUGAUAUAAUAUUCAGAGAAGAGUUUUAUUUAUUUGAUGACUACCGCGUCGCGUUGGAGUCGUCAGAGACUCGAGUCGUCAGACUACCGUACCUAUUUCUAAAUGCAGCGCUAGUAUUAUUAUUGUAUACAAAGUAAUACGAGGGGGGAGAAAUGUUAGAGAUUUCUCUCGGUAAUCGUUGCCACUAAUAGAUCUAUAGAUAAUUUAUCUAUCCGAUGUUGCAAUGUCCAGAAAUAUGUAACAGAGUUUGUAAUUGACAGUUAUACAAUAAGUUUCCCUUUCUAUUUUUUUAUUAUACAGUAUAGAGUGGCGUGUCGAUGUUGUUUAUGUCAUAUAGAUAUAUACAUACAAAUAUAUAUGCGCAAGGAAAUGUUAUAGAAAGCAUUCGCUUUCGUUUUACUUUCAUCUUUUCACAACGAUUUCCUAUUACGGUGUCUUCCUUGUUUCGAUUGUGUCAAUUUUCAAUCUUUCUAACGUGUAAAGUUAAUCCCCGAUCAAGCUCCGAUUAAUUUAAUCAAUAAUUUAUAAAGCAGUAUCACAAUAGCGGUAUCUCGUUAAUAUAUGGAUAUUUUUAAUGUUUUAAGGUAUUAUUUUGUUCCGACACUCGACGCUUAUUUUUAGUUUAAAAGCAGUAGUCAAAAUUGACGAAUAUCAAGCGUCAGUUUUGAUCACCUGAUAGCUGUUUUGACGUUAAAAAUGAACGUCGUGCGCCAGCAUGAAAAGGUUUAUUAUUUAACAGAAAAAGCAUAGGUCAAUUAUUGUACAGUUAAAUAAGCUAAAUAAAUUAUAUAAUUUAUAUAGUUAAA